CUAAACGCCGCCCUGACGGAGGAGGCAACGGGCUCUGCUCGGAGGAAGGACGAGGGGGAACUUCAGAGAGAGGAGCUGCUUCACUUCACUUCACUGCCUCCUCACUUCACUAUAUGUCAUCACAGGGCUGUAUAGUAUAAAUAUGGGAUCUCCCCUCCUGUGGAUCUCACACUUGACCAAUUGCGCCGCGCAAGAGUCCGAUGGGUCAUUUUGAAUUCGGCUGUGAUCCUCUGUGGGUGGUGGAUAUAGAUAGGCUGGAUGUGGUACAGUAUAAGCCUAUAGUAUAGGUAGUUGUAGUGCGUGAGUGAGUGUGUGAAUGUGCGCUCCUGGAAUAUAAAGCCCAAAGAAAGAGAAGAGAAGAAGAUUAAGGAGAAGGAGACAGAGGCAAGGAUCGGUGUGUUGAGGCUGAAGCAAGUGUGUGGAACAGAACAGAUCGAUCAGCACUUCGAGCUCUCCUUUUGGUGGAUCUGAUGGAUCAGUGGAUGUGAUGCCCAUAUAUAUCAUCGACCGAAAAUUUCCCGACACAUCUGGUGAGUUGAUAGAGCCGACAGUUGUAGGAGGAGUCCUGAGAAUGACAGAAACCAGCCCCCCCAAUUCGGCCAAGAAGCUCCGCUGGACCUCCCUGGAGGUCGGCCUCAUUACUAUCGUUUCCUUGCUCUUCAUCGUCAUCGUCGCCCUCAUCAUCCUCUUUGCCACAACUAAGACGGAUGAAAUCUGCACCACAGCUGACUGCACGCAGUCAGCGUCUCGCCUCAUCGAGAACAUGGACGCAAACGUGGACCCUUGCGACAACUUCUACCAGUACGCCUGUGGAGGCUGGCUGAAAAAGAACAUCAUCCCCGAGACCAGCCCUCGAUACGGCACCUUUGACAUCUUGCGAGACGAAAUGGAGGUCAUUCUCAAAGGUGUCCUUGAAAAAACAGUGGAGGGGGAAGCCGCCGCUCUCACCAAGGCUAAGACCCUUUAUAAGUCCUGUACCAAUGAGAGUUUAAUUGAGCUCAGAGGAGGGGGUCCUUUGCUCAGCAUGCUGCAUGAUGUGUUUGAGUGGCCCAUAGCUAUGGACGACUGGGAGAGCACCUAUGGUAUAGCAUGGAGGUUGGAGGACGUCAUCGCCAGGCUGAAUCGGAAAUACGGGACUCUACUCUUGGUUAACUUUUUCGUCAGCACCGAUGACAGGGACUCCAAUUCGCACAUCAUUCAUUUCGACCAGCAGUCAAACCUCGGCCUCUUGUCCCGAGAUUACUACACUUGCACCGGACCCUACGCAGAGCCAUGUCGGGCCUACGAGAAGUUCAUGAUUGACCUGGUUAAGCUGAUCCGCACUGACCGGAAGUUGGACAUCAAUGAGACCAGCAUCAGAGAGGAGGUGACACGAGUUAUGGACCUGGAGAGGGACAUCGCCAACGCUACUGAUACUCCAGAGGACCGUAACAACCCAGUGUUGCUUUACAACAAGAUGGAACUGGGCGAUCUGAACGCCAAUUUCACCCUCGAGGUUGAAUCGCAGGUGUUUGACUGGAGUUACUUCACAGCUAAGAUAAUGGAUACAGUCAACAUCACUGUUCCUGACACGGAGAAGGUCAUAAACUACUCCCCCAACUAUUUCCGAAGACUGAACCUUAUCUUGGCCAAAUACAACAAGAGGGAUCUGCAGAACUACAUGGUGUGGCGUUUUGCUAUGAACAUGGUGGUGGGCCUGAGCAGAACUUACAAGGACACCAGAAAGGCCUUCCGCAAGGCCCUGUAUGGUACGACGUCAGAGUUAGCGGUGUGGCGACACUGUGCAGUUUACGUCAACAACAACUUGGACAACGCUGUGGGACGGCUGUAUGUGCAGGAGGCCUUCUCUGAAAAGAGCAAAGAGCUGAUGGAGGAGAUGAUUAAAGACAUUCGGGCAGUGUUUAUUAGUGACCUUGAAGGCCAGACCUGGAUGGAUGCAGAGACCAAGAAACUAGCUGAGGAGAAGGCCCGAGCCAUUCGGGAACGAAUCGGCUACUCCGAGCACAUCAUGGAUGACAAGUAUCUUAACAACGAGUACAAAGCUCUGCGCUACAGUGCAGAGGAGUACUUUGAAAACAUCCUGCAGAACACGGAGCAUGCGCAGAAGAAACGCCUGCGGAAACUCAGGGUCAAAGUCAACAAAGAGGAGUGGGUAACUGGAGCCGCUGUCGUCAACGCCUUCUACUCAGCCAGCAAAAACCAAAUAGUUUUCCCUGCAGGUAUCCUCCAGCCGCCUUUCUUCAGCAAAGGCCAGUCUAAGUCUCUCAACUACGGCGGCAUCGGCAUGGUGAUCGGUCAUGAGAUCACACAUGGCUUUGAUGACAACGGUCGUAACUAUGAUAAGGAUGGUGACCUGAAGGACUGGUGGACACCAGCCUCCACUCAAAAAUUUCUGGACCUCUCCAAGUGCAUCGUCAAUCAGUAUGGUAACUUUUCCUGGGACCUGGCCAAUGGACUCCAUUUAAAUGGUAACAACACCCUCGGGGAGAACAUUGCUGACAAUGGAGGGAUACGGCAGGCAUAUCAGGCCUAUAAGAACCAUGAGGCGGCGAACGGAGAGGAGCCUUCACUACCUGGCAUCGACCUUUCCCACGAUCAACUCUUCUUCUUAAACUUCGCUCAGGUGUGGUGUGGAACGUACCGAUCAGAGCAAGCUGUUAAUUCCAUUAAAUCAGACGUACACAGUCCAGGGAAAUUCAGAGUACUGGGCACCAUUCAGAAUUUCCCAGAAUUUGCCAGAGCGUUCAGCUGCAACAAGAGCAGCGCCAUGGUCUCCGACAACAUCUGCCGUGUGUGGUGAUCCACAGACCUCCGGGAUGGGGACUUUUCUGACGUGGGUCACCCCUGUCCCUGCAGUACCUCUCUCUCCUCUGACUGUUGGAGCACUCGUGGGGGGGCUACAGGGAAGUGGAAGCUCCCCUUAGCUCUUUACUGGAUGGACCAGGGCUGAUGGACUGACACUGCAGUAUGCACCUCCUCCGAAGGAAAGCAGUGGGAUGUACCCUUGCGGACAGACGGAGCACUGUCUCUGCGACUUUGAUACUGUAGUUCAUUCAAUCAGCCUGAUUAUUCUGCUACUCACUGGAUACAAUCACUCCUUUUGUUGUUGUUUUUUCUCUCCAUUUUCAUCUUGUUUUACUCAUCAUUUGUGCGUCUGCCAGUGUGCGUGUGAGUGUGUGUGUGAGUGUGUGUGUGAGAGAGUGUGUCAGUCAAAAUACUGUAGUUGUCAAGAGAGGGGCAGAUGGACAAAUGUGCUCUAAUCCACUAGCAUAUGAAUACACCACCCACCCACUCACACUCAUACCCAUGUAACAAGGCUGAACCACUGUACUGUAUGUGGGACUGAGCUGUAUGCUUCUCAGCAAGACCUCAGCUGGUUUCAGCCUCCAUCUACACACUGAUGAACUCUACAAUGUAUUCAUAAUGUACUCCUUGUUAGUACGUAGAGCUAGAUUAUAAGAGAAAAUUUGCAAUUUGCUGAAUAGACCAAUCAUUGUAUAACCGUAAUCACAUAUUACACAAUACUGUUCUAUAUUUAAUGAUGAUGAUUUAACUGACAGGCGACUGCUGUCCAUUAGCAGUAUGUCAAAUAAACCAAAAUUAAAUUUUUGCCUUUAAAGAUGACAGCUGGUCAUGAAUCAUUGAGCAGACAAUCGACAGUCACCAGACCCCUUUUUAUACGCUCAUUGAGCCUCCUGAUGUGUGUCUCCAUGCGUUUUCCAGUCUUUUUUAAGUCAUUUUGAUUGCUGCCUACUGUUUGUCAAGCAAAUUUGGUAUGCCUUACAUGAUCUGUUGUGCUGCUGUGAGUGUGGGUAUUUGCCGGAGAACAAAGGAUAAGAAAAUGUAUCAAUAAAGCAAUAGUUUGACUUUUUCGCAAUUACUUUCCUUUUUUCCUGCCAAGAGUUAGAUGAGAAGAUUGAUACCACUCUCAUGUCUUUCCACAAUAGGGUACAGCCAGCAGCCGGUUAGCUUAGCUUAGCAUAAAGACUGGAAACAACUAGCCCGGCUCUGACCAACGGUAAAUAAAAAGCCUGCCAGAAUCUCAAAAGCUCUCCAAUAACCACGUUACUUCUCGUUUGUUUGAUCGGUACAAAAACAAAGUGCAAAAACAGUCAGUAGUGGUUUUGUAGGGCAUUAUGUGCGGGACUAUUUGUUGGCCGAAGGCAGUGACUUCCUGGAGUCUCCGACACUCGCCUGGCAACCUAAUGGAGAGGACUUCAGGACUUGGAGUCUUCCAUUUUUCUACGGAUGAAACUAACAACACAUAAAGUGUUAAUAAGCUUUAAAUGUGCAGGUAAGCAGAUUUGGUCUCACCUUUGGACAGAGCCAGGCUAGCUGUUUCCCCUUGUUUCCAGUCUUUAUGCUAAGCUAAGCUAACCAUCUCCUGUGCUGUAGCUUUAUAUUUAACAGAGUGAUGUGAGUGGUAUCAUUAUUCUCAACUAACUCUUGGCAAGAAAGUGAGCAAGUGUAUUUCACAAAAUGUUGAACUAUUUAAGAAAGGUGUAGCAAUUUUUCAGUUUCUUUAAUCACAUGAAGAGAACCAUCUUUUUUAAUGAUUCUUUUUAACAUUGAAGCAAAAGUCAAUUGACAGACGGUGAUAUAAUUAGAUUUUCGAAGGAUUUAUCUAUUUUAAACUGCGGGCUGAGUCUUUGCUGGAACCUAAUGAACUUUUUAAUAGCGCAGGCAUUUUUCUGAAGGCAGAAGGUCGGUGGAGUUUAGUAUUCAUGGUUUUGUAUGGCUUUAUUUUCUACGUCAAAGUGUUACUGAGGCUUUAACACAAGGUCGUUAAUUGUGGACAUUUUAGCCUUUGCCUUUUAUAUAUAAAAUUUAGUGCAAUGAAUGAUGCGCCAUGAUCAUGUAGACCACUUUUUCAGACAGUAUACAACACCAUCCAUGUCCAGCCUUUAAACACUGUUGUUUCCCCCUUGUUUCGUUCUUUUCAUUGUUUGUGCAAGCUUUCUGUCUCUGUCACUGCCGCUCACUCCCUCAGACUUUCUUUCUUUCUUUCUGCCUCUCUCUCUCACACUCCACCUGUAGAAAGACAGAUAUACCUCAGUUGCCUGUAUUUAGAUACUUUAUAAUAAUGACAGAUAAUCAUCUUGAGGAGCAUUUUUUUCUUUCUCUCAAAAUAAAUAUUUAAAUAACA